AUGAAGCACAAGAAGAAGCAAGGUAUAGCCUUGGAAGGAACCCCUAAUUUUCUUCUUCAUCAAUGGCUUCCUCUUCUAUCCUUCUUUGCCAUCAUUUCUUCAUGCCAAUCCGUCCACUUCUACGGCCAAGCCCUCUCCAAGAGCCUUCUCUACUUUGAGUCUCAACGCUCGGGACACUUACCCCACAACCAAAGGGUCACUUGGCGCCACCAUUCCGGCCUCGACGAUGGCCUUGAACAAGGGGUGGACUUGGUGGGAGGGUACUAUGAUGCCGGUGACAAUGUGAAAUUUGGUUUGCCAAUGGCAUUUACCAUAACAAUGCUCUCUUGGGGUGUUAUUGAAUAUGGAAAACAAAUUAAAGAUGCCGGCGAGUACACUCACGCGCUGGAAGCAAUCAAGUGGGGGACGGAUUACUUCAUCAAGGCUCAUACUCACCCCAACGUUUUAUGGGCCGAGGUUGGUGAUGGUGACACUGAUCACUACUGCUGGCAGCGGCCGGAGGACAUGACAACGUCACGGCAAGCCUACAAGGUGGACGAGAGCAGCCCCGGAUCGGACCUCGCCGGAGAAACUUCCGCGGCGAUGGCCGCGGCCUCCGUUGUGUUUAGGGAAACAAAUCCACAUUACUCCCAACUACUAUUACACCAUGCACAACAGUUGUUUGAGUUUGGUGACAAAUACAGAGGAAAAUAUGAUGAGAGUAUUGGAGUGGCCAAGGGAUAUUACACUUCAGUAAGUGGCUACAUGGAUGAGUUAUUAUGGGCAGCUUUGUGGCUAUACAAAGCCACAAGCAAAGAGCAAUAUUUGGAGUAUGUUUUGGAAAAUGCUUAUGCUUUUGGAGGGAUUACUUGGACCAUGGAAGAGUUUAGUUGGGAUGUCAAGUAUGUUGGUGUUCAAAUCAUUGCUUCAAUGUUGUUGAAGGAAGAAAGGCACAAUAUUAAGCACAAGCACGUGCUUGAAGAAUAUCGUUCAAAAGGUGAGCAUUACAUAUGUGCUUGCCUUAACAAAAACAAUGUGACCAACGUGCGACGCACCCCAGGGGGCUUACUGUACACCCGCCAAUGGAACAACAUGCAAUACGUCUCCAACGCAGCCUUUCUACUCACGGUCUACUCUGAUUACUUGGGAACCACCAAUCAGAUGCUUGAUUGCCCAAAAGGGAUGGUGGGCCCACAAGAAAUCUUCUCCUUUGCCAAAUCACAGAUUGAUUACAUCUUGGGUUCUAAUCCGAUGGCUGCGAGCUACUUAGUGGGCUAUGGCCUAAACUACCCUAAAAGGGUGCACCAUAGAGGAGCAUCUAUUGAAUCAUACAAGAAGAAUAAGGGAUUUAUUGGGUGCACGCAGGGGUAUGAUAAUUGGUAUACUCGCCAUGAUCCUAACCCCAAUGUGCUAGAUGGGGCCCUGGUCGGUGGGCCCGACAGUGAUGAUCAGUUUAGAGAUGAGAGGUGGAAUUACAUGCAGACCGAAGCAUGCACUUAUAAUACAGCUCCAUUAGUUGGAGUUUUUGCUAAACUGAGUAGAUUAGAAGUUGACCAUGUCUCUCUUAAUACACCUUUAAUCGCUUCAAGCUAG